AUGACACGGGCUAAGGUUCUCUACUUCUCCGGUGAAAUACCACAAGGUGACCCGGAAGGAGAUCAGCAGGACUUGUUUAGAAAGCUGCACCUGCUAAGCAAGGAGAGAACUCACACUGUUCUGGCCUCCUUCCUCGAAUCGGUGACCUCAGCCGUGAGAGACGAGUGCAGCCGCCUGCCUCAGAGUCAGAAAGUCCUCAUACCAAGCUUUGAGAGCGUACUGGACUUGACAGACCAUGUUCUUGACUUGAGGAAGACUGCAUUCGGUGCAGCUAUCGAACGGGUCUUGGUCAUCGUCUUUCAGCUCGGCAGUUUUAUUGCAUAUCACGAGGCAAAGCCUCUCGAAUAUGACUUCCAACCUUCCAAUACGUUUCUCAUCGCGAGAGGCCCAGGCUUGCUUUCAGCUGCGGCCAUCAGUCUUUCACCCAGCCUGUCGAUGAUUCCAAGCAUCAGCGAAGAUAUUGCGAGAAUCGCCUUUCGUUUCGGACUUGUCGUUGAUCAGGCUUGCCGCUCGCUUGAGGUGUCUCCAGAUGAGAUCAAUUCAGAAGGAGCCUGGAUAUACUGCGCGUAUGGUGUCGAAGAAGACGCUGCUGUCCAAGCAGUGGAGCGUUUCAACUCAGAAAAGGCAUACCCCGAAACCAAUGCGGCGUCCAUCUUCAAUGUGGAUGGAAAGUCUGUCAGCGUCGGUGGCCCACCGUCGACGCUCAAAGCCCUGUUCUCCGAGUCUGAAUAUUUCAAGCAAGCCAAGGCCGUGCCCAUGAAAAAGGUCCAAGGGAUGUGGCACACGGGUCGAGUUUACAGCACGGAACAUGUCCAGCAAAUAGUACCGGAGAUACAAAGUACUCACCACCUGUACCUGGAUUUAUUCUCUCCAGUUACAGGGUCCCCAAUCAAGCAGACACAAGCAACUCCUGCGCUCGAGCAAAUCAUGGAGGAGAUGCUCACUCAGAGGAUUCGAUGGGACAAGACCAUCGAGGGAGUCACUCUUCGACUGAAGCAUUUGUCAUGUGACACUAUCCAGCUGAUCGCCAUUCAGCCGUCACAUUAUGUGGAAAGCCUGCUCGACCAUUGGCGAGCUGAGAUUCCACCAACAGAACCGUCGAGCCAGGAUAUGAUGUCCGCCGUUAUGGAUCUUCCUUUAGGGCAAAGUCCACCUCGGGACGCCAAGUCGUCCAAGAUCGCCGUAGUAGGCAUGGCGUGUCGUUUCCCCGACGGUGCGGAUGACCCGGAAAAGUUCUGGGAACUAUUGGUGCAAGGGCGAGAUGCCCACAGUCCGGUGCCCCCCGAUCGGUUCGAUGUCGACACUCAUACCGACCCAGCUGGAAAGAAGCCCAACGCGUCCAAGACCCCGUACGGAUGCUUCGUGGACUCCCCUGGCCAGUUUGAUGCUAUGUUCUUUGGUAUGUCUCCCCGAGAGGCGGAGCAGACAGAUCCAAUGCAUAGGCUCGCCCUAGUCACCGCUUAUGAAGCCCUGGAGAGCGCCGGCUACGUCCAUGGCCGGGGUAGGGUGCAUACCCGGCGGGUGGGCACAUUCUACGGGCAAGCCAGCGAUGACUACCGCGAGGUCAAUUCCGGACAAGAUAUCAAGGCAUACUUCAUUCCUGGAGGAUGCAGGGCCUUUGCUCCAGGGCGCAUCAACUACUUCUUCAAAUUCUGGGGACCAAGUUUCAGCGUCGACACGGCCUGCUCGUCCAGCUUGGCGGCUAUCCAAGCAGCGUGCACCUCCUUAUGGAGUGGUGACGUUGAUAUGGCGCUGACUGGUGGUUUAAAUAUCAUCACAAACUCGGAUGUCUAUGCUGGGCUGAGCAAUGGCCACUUUUUGUCCACCACUGGGAACUGCAAGACUUGGGACGAGAAGGCUGACGGAUACUGCCGAGCCGACGGAGUUGGUAGUGUGGUCCUCAAACGGCUGGAGGAUGCCGAGGCUGACAACGACAAUAUCCUUGGAGUCGUAUUGGCUGCCGCCACGGACCAUUCGGCCGAGGCUGUGUCCAUAACUCAUCCACACGACGUCGCACAGUCACAUUUAUAUCGCCAAGUGGCCAGGCGUGCUGGGGUGGACCCACUAUCGGUCGGUUACGUUGAGAUGCAUGGCACAGGUACUCAGGCAGGAGACACCAACGAAAUGCGGUCCGUCACGGAUGUCUUCGCCCCAGCCAGUCGACGCCGGAGCUCGCCCCUUCACAUAGGUGCAGUCAAGGCAAACGUGGGGCAUGGUGAGGCCGCUGCUGGAAUAAUGGGCUUCAUGAAGACUAUGCUGGUCCUGCAGAAGGGUCUCAUACCUCCCCAUAUCGGUAUCAAGACCCGCUUGAACCCAGCCCUACCUGGAGAUCUGGCCGAGAGAGGAGUCGUCAUCCCGUACAAUGCGAGCAGUUGGCAACCGAGAAUUGAGCGCAAGAGGCUGGCUAUGGUGAAUAACUUUGGAGCUGCAGGGGGAAAUACCUCCAUUAUCGUGGAGGAGACCACUCCGCGACCGAGAGCGGCUGAGGACACACGAGAGGCACACCCUAUCACCAUCUCGGCAAAGACCGCCCUAUCCCUGCAGGAGAACAUCAAACGCCUCAUAGGUUUUGUCGAGUCAAACGUCGACAUUUCCGUGGCGGAUGUUUCCUAUACUUUGACGGCGCGUAAGAGCCAUUACAACUAUCGUGUCUCUGUCCUCGCCACAACCCUAGCUGAUAUUGCCACGAUGCUUCGACCUCACAUCGAAACCGCCAUAACCCUAACACCCCAUUCCGGGAAACAGCCUCAUAUGGCUUUUGCCUUUACCGGCCAGGGCACAUUUUACUUGGGCAUCGGGGCGCAGCUGUACAGAGACUCCGCCCUGUUCCGCCAACAGCUUCUUCAACUGGAUCAUCUCUCACAGAGGCAGGGUUUCCUCUCGUUCUUGUCAAUAGUCACUGGGACCUGCCCCCCUGAACACGUGUCGACUGUCACCAUGCACCUGGCAAUUGUGUCCGUCGAGAUUGCCCUCGCACGUCUAUGGGGUUCUUACGGCAUCACUCCUGACGUUGUCGUAGGCCACAGUCUCGGCGAAUACGCCGCAUUGGCCGUUUCCGGUGUUCUUUCUGAUAGUGCCACCGUGUUCCUCGUGGGUAUGCGGGCUCAGCUGCUGACCUCGGCCUGCACCCCUCGCACACACGCCAUGUUGACAGUACGAACUUCGGUCGAGAACGUGACCAAAGCGGCUGCUGGUCUUCCUUUCGAGGUCGCUUGUAUCAACGGCCCAAAUGAGACAGUUGUUGGCGGCCCGAUUUCAGAUAUGAAGACUAUUUCAGACUCUUUGACUGCAGCCGGGCACAGAGCCAUAAUCCUGGACGUCCCACAUGCUUAUCAUACCAGCCAGAUGGACUGUCUCCUGGAGGAAUUUGUCGAACGGAGUCAGGGGAUAGAGUUCAAGAAGCCUCGAAUCCCAAUUAUUUCUCCGCAACACGGCCGGGUCCUGACAGAGGAAGACACUGUCGAUAUCUCGUACUUGGCUUCUUCGACUAGAGCAACGGUGAACUUCGCCGGAGCCCUGGAAGGCGCAUGGUCUUCUGGAGUGAUAUCCUCGUCCACAAUCUGGCUCGAGGUAGGACAUCAUCCCACCAAUACGGGUUUCAUAACCCGCACACUACCUUCGACUCGACUAGCAUGUCCCAGCCUCCACCGAGAUGCCGACAAUUGGAAGACUCUGGCCAAAACGCUCACUGCCUUCUACGCAGCGGGUGUCAACAUCGACUGGAACGAAUACCACCGACCCUUCGAACCUGGUCUGCGACUGGUCGAUGUCCCAACGUAUGCAUGGAACAAUAAGAACUACUGGAUUCAGUAUCGAGGAGACUGGAACCUCACCAAAGGCCGAUCUGAUACCGGACUGAUCACCAGCUCACCUGUGCAACCGAAUCAUUCAUCCAGCAUUCACCGCAUCGUGUCCGAGACCUACAGCGUCACCACAGCACAGGUUUCGGCGGAGACCAAUAUUACCGACCCAUCACUCCAAGGCGCGAUUGAUGGACAUGCGAUGAACGGACAUGGAGUUGUCUCUUCAUUCCUGCACGCAGAUAUGGCGUACACAUUAGCCACAUAUGUCUUGCAAAAGGCGCCCAAGAACCUUCCAACUCCUCUCGGACUCAACGUUACAGACUUCGAGUAUCAUGAGCCAGUGGUCAAGCAGCGAGACACGAAGUCUGCGCAGCUGAUCAUGAUAAACGCCGAAGCUGACUUUGACCAGAUGAGUGUUCACGUCAAGUGGUACAAUCCGGCCACGAAGCAUUGGUACGCCCACGCCACGGUUCUGUGCCAGGACACUGCAGGCUGGCUUUCGGACUGGACCCGCCAAAAGAAAAUCGUAUCCAGUCGAAUUGACGACCUGAACGCGAUGGCGAACACUGGCAGAGCCAACAAGCUCUCCACAGAUCUCGCCUACAGCCUCUUUGCCAAGCUUGUGCGGUACUCCGAGAUGUAUCAGACCAUGCAAUGGGUGACCCUCAACCAGGAUGAAGCCGUUACCGAGGUGCUGUACCCUGAGCACACGAGCGGGGCGUGGACUGUACCGCCGCAUUUCAUCGAUGGUGUGGCGUCACUGCCGGGGUUCAUUCUCAACGGCGGAACCCACUAUGACAACAAGAACAACUUUUUUGUCACACCAUCUUGGAAGUCGAUGCGAUUCGCCAAGCCACUUUCACCCGGUGGUCGAUAUCAAGCCUACGUGGCCAUGGUACCCGGCGGUGACGGCCACAGCUUUGACGGAGAUGUGUAUGUCCUCCAGGGUGGCGAGGUAGUCGGGCUCGUGGAGGCUAUCAAGUUCCUCCAGUGGCCAAGGUCGAUGCUGGACCGCUUCUUCAGCCCGCCAGAUUUACCAGCAAAGGCGCCAGCAUUGCCCUCGCGCCAGGGUGAGCGGCAACCGCGUCCCGUAGUCUCGUCGACUCCGCCCUACUCAGACGAGGCCGCGUCACCGCUGACGAUAGAUGUUCACAACGCCAACGGUUCUCAGAUGUCGGCCACUAAAUCCACGUCUCCGCAAGUCUUGACACCUGGGACUUCGAGUCCUCCCGAGCAGGCGGCAAGGACGGAUGUGAUUGGUCGUGCCAUCGACCUGCUCGCCGAGGAGCUCGCUGUCGACAUUGGCCUUCUGACGGACGAGGCACAGGUUUCUGACCUGGGCCUCGACUCCCUCAUGUCGCUCGUCAUGUCAACGAGAUUCCGGGAGGAACUAGGAAUCGAGAUAAGGGAUGCGUUCUUCUUGGAAAUCUCCACGAUUGGAGAUCUCAAGAAAAUGCUUGGGUAA